CUGCAAUCUGGAUGGAAUCAUCGUUUGGGCGGCUGGUGUAUGCUUCGAUUCGACACAUGUCAGAGAUAGAGACGAAGAAUUUCGCCCCGGUACCACACCACACACACACCCACUCGUCUCUUGUCUUCACCCUCCAUCCCAUUCAGCCUGCCCAACCAGAAGAACAAGCAUUCAAUCCCACCAACCUCUUCGGGCUUGCCCUUCAGCCUAACCGCCCAAUCGAUAGUGAUAAGUGCCCGUUGGAUCAGAGACCCUGUAGGUCCCUGGUCUUUGCCGCUGACGGGACGCGGGCCUUGCUGACCUCCAUCAUCAUCAUCAUACUGUGUAAUCAGCGAAGGGCAGAAUCAGAAAUUUGUUUCCAAACACGCAGUUGCCAGAUCGCAUCUCUGCUGCCCUUGACUUUUCUUCAAAUUCCCUGA